CAUCUCUAUUAUAUCCACAAACAAUUCUCAUUGUAUCCCAUUCAUAUAGACCUCAAGAUUCUGAAAGAGAGAGAAAAGCUUCGGGCCCAUUUCCAUGGCGGACGGAGAGUGCAAAACCGGCAACAAUGCCAAAAAAGUUAAUCUUCUGGUGGUUACAUACCCAGCUCAAGGUCACAUAAAUCCCCUUUUACAAUUCUCCAAACGUCUCCAUCACAAGGGCGCCGCCGUGACCUUCGUCGUCACCAAAUUCCUUUUCAACAACCAACCCAACUCCGACCACCCUCCGCCGUUCCCCGUCGAGACCAUCUCCGACGGCCACGACGCCGGAGGAUUUCUCUCCGCCGUUUCCAUCUCCGACUACCACGACCGCCUCAAGCACGACGGGUCACAGACUCUCCGGGAUCUGAUACGGCGGAAGGAGAACGCCGGCCGCCGCUUCGACGCCGUGGUGUACGACGGAUUUAUGCCGUGGGUUUUGGAUGUGGGGAAGGAAUUUGGGCUGAGGACGGUGGCGUAUUUCACACAGUCCUGUGCUGUGAAUAACAUUUAUUACCAUGUUUACAGGGGAGAAAUUAAGGCGCCGGUGGUGGCGGCCGAGGAGGAGAUUCGGAUCGCCGGAAUGCCGCCGCUGACGAUGGCCGAUAUGCCGUCGCUUGUCCAGGUUGGGAACCCAUAUCCGGUAUUCUCCGAUCUGGUGAUUAAUCAGUUUGGAAACGUGGAGGAAGCCGAUUGGUUAAUCUGCAACAGUUUCUACGAACUAGAACACCAGGUGCUAGAAGGGAUGGAGAAUAAAUGGAACAUGAAGCCGAUCGGACCAAACAUACCAUCGUUCUACACUGAUAAACGAAUAGACAAUGAUAGAGACUACGGGUUCAACCUUUUCAAAAUGAACAAUGAGGUUUGCCAAAAAUGGCUAGACGCCCGUCCAAAAGCGGCAGUAGUUUUUGUAGCGUUCGGGAGCUAUGCAGCUUUGAGCGUCGAGCAAAUGGAGGAAUUGGCUUGGGGUUUGACACAAACCAAUUUCUUUUUCUUGUGGGUGGUAAGGGAGACAGAGGCGGCGAAGAUUCCGGCGAAAUUUGCAGAGGCGAUGGCAGACAGAGGGCUAUUGGUCCCUUGGUGCCGUCAAUUGGAUGUUUUAUCACACGAAUCGAUCGGUUGCUUUGUGACGCACUGUGGCUGGAACUCGACGCUGGAGGCUCUGACCAUCGGCGUUCCCAUGGUGGCGAUGCCGCAGUGGACAGAUCAAACCACCAAUGCCAAGUUUGUAACGGACAUUUGGAAGACCGGAGUUAGGGCUCCGCUCGACGAUGCCGGAAUAGUGCGGCGGACAACGGUUGCAGAUUGCAUCUUGAAGGUCAUGGAUGACGACGGAGGAACGGAGAUUCGGAAAAAUGCCGCUAAAUGGGAAGAGUUAGCGAAACGGGCGGUGGAUCGCGACGGAAGUUCCGAUCGUACUGUUGAUGAGAUUCUUGCCCAAUUGGUUUCUGUUUAAAUAUAUAUAUAUAUAUAUAUAUAUAUAUUAUUUU